UCACUUGAGAUGUUUUGAUUUUUGACAUUAAUUGUCUGUUCUUGGAAAUAAAACGAGUUUAUUCAAUUUUAAUAUAUAUAGAAAAAUAUAUACGUAUAAUAGAUGGAAAAAUUGGAAAAUAAAAAUUCGAGUGAUGACAGAAAAUGUAAUAUUUAGUAGCAUGAGAAUAAUUUGCAAUCGAACUAUACAUUUAACGUUUCCAUUUGAAAUGAAUUUGAACUAAAGGAGGCUAAAUACUUCUCUUUGUAGAAGAUGAAGUAUUCAAAAUUCAUAAAAUAUAGGAGAAACAAUUCUUGAUAAGAAGUAGAAUGUUUAAUAUAUGAAUAAGCAAUUAUGAAGGAAACCACAGUAGGUUGGAAAUUAAUGAACUUUCAAAAAAUAAUGGCUUCAAUGUGUCCCAUAAUAGAGUCGUGAAUAGUGAGGUAAUGGAAAAACAAAUAGCAAAAUCAUUGGCAAAUAUGUACAGAAUUUAAUAAUUUUAAUAUAACAAAUGCACCUAAUCCAACUAAAUCAUUGAAAAUGGAAAGAUUCCUAGAGUUACUGCCCAAUGAAAAUACUAAGAACUAUAACCUAAUUUAAUAUUAUGGAAGAAUUUAAAUUGAAUCAAAAACAGAAAAAACCUCAUCCUUUGAAAAGGGUGAAUUUGUUUUCAAGGUUGUUUUUCUGUUGGUUUCCUGGAUUUCUAUCGAAAGGAUUUAGAAGAGAUCUUGACGAAAAUGAUAUGUAUUUAACUGGAAACUCACAAAAAUCCGAUUUUUUGGGAGAGCGACUGGAUGCUGUGUGGAAAAAGGAAUUAUUAAAGGACAAACCAUCUUUAGUAUGGGCUAUGUUCAGUGUCUUUAAGCUAGAACUAUUAUAUUUUGGAAUUUUCAACGCAUUUUCUGAUUUUAUCAAAAUAGCCCAACCAAUGCUAAUAUCGAGAUUAAUAGGUUACUUUCAACCAGGAUCGAAGCAAAAUAAUCCAUGGGAAAUAUACGUCAACGCGUUUUUAAUAAUUUUGGCAUCUCUGAUUCAAGUAACAUCAGUCCACAAUUACCAAAUGCGCGUGAUGCGACUGGGUAUGAAAAUUCGAGUGGCAUCCUGUGCUUUAAUAUAUAGAAAAGCAUUGAAAUUGAGCAAAACAGCAUUGGUGGAAACUACUAUAGGACAAAUGGUUAAUUUGUUAUCGAACGAUGUGGGAAGAUUUGAUUUUUCAGUUCAACACAUACACAACCUGUGGCUGGCACCCUGCGAAACGAUUAUUGUUAUGAUUCUAUUAUAUUUUUACGUGGGGGUUACUGGUUUAGUUGGAUGUGUUUUCCUUUUAUCUUUUUUGCCAUUCCAAAUGUACAUGGCUAAAUUAACGUCAAGAUACCGAUUGAAAACCGCAAUACGAACAGAUGAAAGAGUAAGAUUGAUGAAUGAAAUUAUAAGUGGUAUCCAAGUGAUAAAAAUGUAUACUUGGGAGAAACCAUUCGCUAAACUAAUUGAAUUUGUAAGGAGGAAGGAAAUUGCCGAAAUCAAACGUACUUCGAUGAUCAGAGGAAUAUUGAUGUCAUUUAAUUUGACCAUGAGUAGAACCGCAGUAUAUUUAUGUAUCUUAACUUAUGUUCUAACAGGAAAUUCGUUAAACGCAUCGUACGCAUUUACAGUUACUUCAUUUUACGCAUUUUUACGAGUAGCUGUAACUCAACAAUUUCCACAGGCAAUUACUCAACUCGCCGAAACAUUGGUUUCUAUGUCUAGAAUUCAAAAGUUUUUGUUGUACGAUCAAUUAGAAAAUGCGGAGGAUAAUAAAAAAAUUAAUGGCGUAAUUUCAACUAACCCAUUAUCGAAAAAGGAAACGAGAAUCAAAUUGAAAAAUGUUUGCGCCAAAUGGGUGAAAUCCAUGCCGGAUAAUAUAUUAGAAGGCGUUACGUUCGAAGCUAAAUCGAAUCAACUUAUAGCGAUCGUGGGUCCGGUAGGUGGAGGAAAAUCAACGCUUCUACAUGUGAUUUUAAAAGAAUUGUUGAUUACCUCGGGUAGCAUUGAUAUCGAAGGUACCAUUUCGUACGCAUCUCAAGAACCUUGGAUAUUCGGCAGUAGUAUCAGACAAAAUAUAAUAUUCGGUCAAAAAUACGACGAAUCAAGAUACGCGGAGGUUUUGCGGGUAUGCUCCUUAGAAAGGGAUCUAUCUUUGUUUCCUCACGCCGAUAGAACGUUGGUUGGAGAAAGAGGUGCGAUGUUGAGUGGCGGACAAAGAGCUAGAAUUAAUUUAGCUAGAGCCAUUUAUAGAGAUGCGGAUAUUUAUUUGUUGGACGAUCCUCUGUCGGCGGUAGACGCUCGAGUCGGUAAAGAAUUAUACAAUAAAUGUCUUAAAGAAUAUUUGAAAAAUAAAUGCGUCAUUUUAAUAACUCAUCAAUUGCAAUAUUUACGUAACGCGGAUUGUAUAUAUGUAUUGGAAGACGGUAAAGUUAAAGCUUCCGGUACAUAUAACACUUUAAAAAAUUCCGAUAGCGCUUUUACGAAACUCUUGGAAUCUUCGAAAGAAGAUGAAAAGAAGGAGAAUCCUAGUAGAUUAUCGAGAGCGGAUUCAGUAGAGUCCGAAGGAGAAAUCGCGGAAUCAGAAAUUAUUGAACAAAAAAGAGAAGAACGUGCUUCCGGUACGGUAUCAAAACGAGUUUAUCUCAAUUAUUUCAAAGCUGGUGGACAUUGGAUAAAAACCGUAGCGCUAUUUUCCGCUUUCGUUGCCGCGCAAGCUCUCGGCAAUUCCGCCGAUAUAUUCCUUACGACUUGGGUAAAUUUAGAACAAUGGAGGGUGGAGAAAAACAAUUCCAUUGAAAACGAAGACAAAAUGUUCUGGGAUAAAAUACUAAACGAACAUAAUACAAUCGUAAUUUAUAGUUGUCUCAUCAUAUUCACCAUAAUAUUAGCGGUAACUAGGUCGAUAUGUUUCUUCAGAUUCUGCUUGGCAGCUUCUACAGGAUUUCACAAUUUGAUGUUUAUUAAAAUUGUCAAUUCCCCGAUGCAAUUUUUCAAUACCAAUCCCUCUGGAAGAAUUCUUAAUCGGUUUUCUAAAGAUAUCGGUGCGUUGGAUGAAACUCUACCUAUAUGUUUAGUAGAUACAGUGGGGAUUGGUUUGAUUGUAACAGGGACGACUUUAACAAUAACUUCUGUCAACCCGUGGAUUCUUAUACCGACAAUUGUAGUUGUUAUUAUUUUCUAUUUCAUAAGAUAUGCGUUUUUAGCAUCCAGUAGAGAUAUUAAACGUGUAGAAGCUGUUACUCGAAGUCCAGUUUUCACUCAUUUGUCCGCUUCUCUAAAUGGACUCACAACAAUCCGAGCUUUCAAAGCGGAAAAAUUGCUCACCAAAGAAUUCGAUAAUUUCCAGGACGCGUAUACGUCCGCUUAUUACAUGUUUUUAACAGCCAAUAGAGGAUUCGGAUUUUGGUUAGACAUUCAUUGUGUGAUGUUUAUAGCACUCGUUGUUAUCAGCAUAUUGUUUAUACAAAACGAAUCAUUCGGUGGAAACGUCGGUUUAUCCUUAACUCAAGCGAUUACCCUAUCCGGUAUGUUCCAAUGGGGUAUGCGUCAAUGGAGUGAAUUGGAAAAUCAAAUGACAUCAGUAGAAAGGGUUCAAGAAUACGGAGAUUUACCAACCGAAACAGAUAAUCAUAAAAAAGAAACGCCGACGAAUUGGCCGGAUUCGGGAAAAAUAAAAUUCGAAAAAACGUCAUUGCGAUAUUCGCCGGACGGCGAUUUCGUUUUGAAAAAUCUCAAUUUUGAAAUACAACCCGGAGAAAAAAUCGGCAUAGUCGGUCGAACGGGAGCCGGUAAAUCGUCGUUAAUACAAGCGCUCUUCCGAUUAGCUUACAUAGAAGGAAAUAUCUUUAUAGAUUCUGUAAAUACAAAAAACGUCGAAUUGAAAUGUCUCAGAUCAAAAUUAUCUAUUAUCCCCCAAGAGCCCGUAUUAUUUUCUGGAACUCUUAGAAAAAAUCUUGAUCCUUUUGAUGAAUACGAAGAUGCCAUUUUAUGGAAAUCUUUAGAAGAAGUCGAACUGAAACACGCGGUGGACGAAUUGCCGUCCGGUUUGGAUAGUAAAAUGGCCGAAGGAGGUUCGAAUUUCAGCGUCGGUCAACGACAAUUAGUUUGUUUAGCUAGAGCAGUUUUAAGAAAUAAUAAAAUUCUAGUAUUAGACGAAGCUACUGCCAACGUAGAUCCAUUGACUGAUUCAAUCCUUCAAACUACUAUUAGAAAAAAGUUUUCAAAUUGUACAGUAUUAACGAUAGCCCAUAGAUUACAUACUAUUAUGGAUUCGGAUAAAGUUUUGGUUAUGGAUGCUGGAGAAGUGGCGGAAUUUGAUCAUCCCCACAAACUCUUGAAAAACAAAGGAGUAUUUUAUACGUUGGUUAAACAGACGGGAAGUUCCAUGGCGAAUAAUUUACAAGCUAUAGCCGAAGAAAACUUUUAUACUAGACAAGAAGAAAACGUUUCCUCUAAAACGGUUGUACACGAAUUAAAUAAAUGAUAUUAAGUAAAAAUUAUUUUCUAAAUAACCACCGAUUGAGUAUAAAAAUUUAUCUAUAAAUCGUCGAAUAAUUCAAUCCAUAAAAAGUUUAUUCGUUUCUUUAAAGCCAUUUAAAUAUAUAUUUCGUUCAGAUCUUCUAACAGUUUGUAAAAAUAUUCUUAAAAUGAUUUUUCACGUUGAACUAUAUUUAGAGUUGAUUAUUUCUCGACACCAAAUUUAUAAAUAUUGAUACUAUGUAUAUAAAUUUUAUUUCUCUAUAGUUGAUAGGCGCGAAUAAAAAUGUUAGGUAAAAACAAUUUUUAUAACAUUUUCCAAUGUUUUUUUAUUCAUAAAUUUUGAGGGACAACUAUUCCAAUUGUUUGAUUUCUACUGUUAACAUCAAAAAUGUUUUCCUUAAAAAACAUAAAAUAAUUAGAAAAUUAAAUAAUGUACAAC